GUCACCACUCUAAGGGGGCGUGGCUUUGCGCCAAAGCGUGUUUUCAGUCUUCCCCAUUCUUUAUCUCAGAGAAUAAACUAUGCGCGCUUAUGAACUUGAAGAACCAUGCGUUAUAUCGCUGUCAUCUUUUGCUGUCUGUGUGACUGGGGAAGCUUCACUGAAAUACCUUCAAUGAGUCAUGUUGACAGGUAUGAUGUAGUGAGACCUCAACGACUCGAGCACCACAAGCAUGUCAGUAAACAGGCUUUGGAAUCCAACAAACAUGAAAAGUAUCCUGAGAAACUUCUAUAUCAGUUGUUCUUUAAUGGAAAUAAUCAUACAGUUCACUUGCAAAAGAACAGAUUUCUCAUUGGACCCAAUUACACUGAAAUACGUUAUGAAGCAGACGGAUCAACUGUGAUCACAUCUCCAAAGCUUGACCACCACUGUUAUUAUCAUGGCCAUAUUGAUGGAAUAGAGGAUUCCUCAGUGAGUGUUGGAGUCUGCUCUGGCAUGAGAGGUUUUAUAAGGACUGAAAAGCAGAUGUACCUGAUCGAGCCCCUGAGUGACAACAAUGAGGGAGACCAUGCAUUCUAUAAGCAGGAAUACCUGAGGAAGAAGAGGAGUGCUUAUGGAGACUCCGCUAUCACAGUUUAUGAUAAGGAACCCAGAAAUUCAGCCCACUUCAAACGCAGCAGCUGGAAGAUGAAGACUGUAUUUCAGACCCAGAGAUACGUGGAGCUGUUUCUUGUGGUUGACAAUAGUGAAUACAGAAGAUUCAAGUCAAAUGACGAGAUGGUACGGGCAAGGAUGUUGGAAGCCAUAAAUCAUGUUGAUAAGUUCUAUCGUCCACACGGUAUCCGUGUGCUGCUGGUGGGCUUGGAGGUGUGGAAUGUAGAAGAUCAGAUCAUGGUCAGUGUGAGUGAGAGUGACACUCUAACCAGAUUUAUUCAGUGGCGUCAGAAGGAGCUGCUCAAAAGAGUCAAGCAUGACAAUGCACAAUUCGUAACUGGUGCCGAUUUUUUGGGUAGCACCGUAGGGUUGGCAAACAAAUUUGCAAUGUGCACUAAAGCCUCUGGAGGUGUUAAUCAGGAUCAUAGCACGAGUCCGCUGGGCUUGGCCGCAACCAUCGCACAUGAGAUGGGCCACAACAUGGGUAUGUCCCAUGAUGAACAGGGCUGCACUUGUGGCCUUUCAGACUGCAUUAUGACUGAAGUUGUAAACUCAGCUGCCUCAGUGUUCCCAGCGCUGUUCAGUGAUUGCAGUCUUGAUCAACUGAGUACAUUUCUGGAGAAUGCCAACCCCAGAUGCUUGCUGGACCACCCCAGCUCAGACAGAAUUUAUGGUGGACCCGUCUGUGGCAAUGCUUUCCUCGACUCUGGGGAGGAGUGUGACUGUGGGACAGUAGAAGAGUGCAAAAAUAGAUGUUGCAAUGCCCAAACCUGCAAAUUGACCGAAGGAUCUCAGUGUGCACAGGGCGAGUGCUGCGAAAACUGCCAGAUAAAACAAGCCGGCAGUCUGUGUCGGGCCUCUGCGAAUGAGUGUGAUCUGGAUGAGUACUGCACAGGAACGUCUGAACAGUGUCCAGAAGACAGCUUUAAAAUGAAUGGGAUACCUUGCCGUCAUGAAGAUAGUUACUGCUACAAUGGUCAAUGUCCAACUCAUCUCCAGCACUGCCAGAGACUGUGGGGAAAAGAUGCCAAAGUGGCUACAAGUGGAUGCUUUUUAAGGAAUACAUUAGGGAAAAAUGAUUCCCACUGUGGAAGGAGCAAAGAUGGCUACAGAAGAUGUGCAGAAAAAGAUAUAUACUGUGGAACAAUAUUUUGCACCGGGGGAAAUAAGUAUCCCAUUACCGGUCUAAAAGCUCAGUUGUUGAUGAUAACCGGAGAGAUAUGCAACAUAGUCGGGGAGAGAUCUGAGGAAGAGAACCUAAGCAUGGUACCUACAGGAACAAAAUGUGACCAGAACAAAGUCUGCUUUCACAACACGUGCCAGGAUGUGAAAGUGUACGGUGGGAGUGAAGACUGCUCAGGGAAAUGUAGCGGACAUGGGGUUUGUGAUCAUCGAAAGCGUUGUCACUGUGAGCCGGGAUGGGCUCCACCAUACUGCGAUGUCAAAUAUGCAGACCUGCCUUCUGUAAAAAAUACGACGAUCAUCGGCAUCUUGGUUGCAGCUGCAGUCCUACUACUAUUGGCAGUAGGAUUUGGAACUUGGAUUUAUUGUAAAAAGAGAAAGGGCACUGGAUCGAGGCAUCGAACAAAAGCUGACCCAGAGCAGUCGAAUGCUCUUUUUGAGAACCCCGGAGCAAAACGAACGCUUUUAAAGGAUCGUCUCGAGAUCAGCGAGCCUGCUUUUAUAAGUUCGACCGUGACCCAGUCCGCGUACACAGUCAUGCCGACACGGACAGCUCCGCGACCUCCUCUUAAAAAGUCGGACCCACAGCCACCUCAGACAGCUCCACCCAUUCCAGAGGCACUAAUGAAGCCUCUGCCUCCUUCUAAGCCUCCAUGUCCUGCUGAUGCGAAACCGGUGAGCAGACCGGCUCGUCCUCCUGUGGUUGUAGUAAAGCCGACUGUAGGCACUGGAUCCUGGAAAAAGCCAGAGACUGAAAGAGAGGAACUGAAAACGGCACAGAGGCCUCUGACUAUUCCAAGGAGAUGACUAUGAAAGGAAUCAUCAUGUAAUGUAGAUCGAUAAUGAAUUUUCGGUCCGUUGGGUGUAUGAGUGACUCAUAACACAUCUGCGGAGUGGUGACACAUCAGAACUGCGUCUGUGCAGUCGUGUCCUUUUUUUCGUGCUCGUCCUCCAAUGCAGAGAGGAACAUUACUCUGAAUUAUGCUUGACUGAAGGUAUUAUUAAAAUUCCAUCCUCUAUAUUGUAAUGGAAGUAUUGCCUUUACAGCAUGGGUACCACUUUAAAGACCAAACCUGUACUUUUGUUUUUAAGUCUUCAGACACAGGAGAUUCAAACAUAUUUAUAUAUUUAUAUACUACACUGAAUAACUUAGUCUCAAUUCCAGUCAGAACACUGGACAUAUAUUAUCUUAGACAUAGUUCUAGUUAAAGUCUUAAUUAUAAUUUGGGUUAUUUAUUAUUGUUGAUAAUUUCACUCUUAGAGUAAAAAUAAACUGCCCUUUUGUGAGUAUUGUGUCUAAUAUUUUAAUUUUAUUUUAUUGGUACAUAUUGGUACUUUUUAAUAUUCUUUAUACAUUAAAAUGACAUGGUUGAAGAAGUUGUUCCUAA